CUCGGACGAGAAAUUGGUGAGGCUGGUCUUCCUCCCAUACAUUGCCGGUCACUCCCUUUAAGAGUAGACAACCAAGCCGAGUAGAACAAACUCUAAAGCAAUAUUUAAAAAAAGUAUAACAAUUCAUAAACAGAUUUUUGACGCAAAAAAAGGGUGGGCGGGGAAAAUUAUGCACUUUAUGAAAGCAAAAGUUGCACUUAAACUACGCUUGGUUCUGUAAAUUAAUAUAGAAUUGGUUGUCAUUUUAUUGCCAUGCAGUCUACAUUCCGCAAUCAUGUAAUUUUUAAUAAAUCACAAAAACAGACGAAUCUUAAAAAAAUAGUUGUCAAUAUUCAAUAAUUUCUAAGAGAGAGAAAAAACAACAUUUUUUAAUCGAACUUACAUUCUGAGUCAAACACACAGUUACACAGGCACACAGUUACGCACACUGCACAGUGAGGGUUGACAGUAAAGGAAAGGAAAGCUUCCUGUUGAAUUCAGCUACAGGUGGACUCCAUCAUGCUGACCCACAGCUGUACUCUUCAACACCCAAUCAGAAGAUAGAGAUUUUAAACCAACCAAUCACAGAGCUUUCAGCAGAUCAGCUGGAAGAAUAUGCACUAAUGAAUCUGACCAAUGAGAGGACGGGUAGACUACCUGUAGAACGCUUUCUAAAUCUUCUAUUUCCUAAUCCCCAGUAUAGGGAAGUUAUGGACAAUAUAAACUAUUUUACAAAAAUGGAUCCUGUAGUCGCUCUUUUAGAGCAUGAUUAUGCCCAGAGAGGAAAUAUCAUGUCACAAAUAACAAAUUUCCCCCCCCCUUUUUUUUAAGUAGUAUUUUAAAGAAAGAAAAAAAUUUAUUUUAAAAUAAUAAAUACUUGCAGCCAUGAAAGACGAGUGACAUGGUAUUAAUUCUAGUAGUUGAAAUCAAAAGUGAAAACUUACAGGACGAAAUAUUAGUAAAUAUAAAGGAGGAGGAGGAGGAGGAAGAGGAAGAAAAUGAAGAAGAAGAAGAAGAAGAAGAAGAAGAAGAAGAAGAUAUCUUAAACAAUAACGAAGACCAUACACAAAGAAGUUUUGUAUUGUCAGGAGGAAUAAAGGAAGAAGAUACUGAUGAAAAAUGGUAUAAUCUCAGUCAGUUAGCUGCCGUGAGCCUUGCAGUUUCCAAGCAAAGAGAAGUUAAAGAAGACACCGAAAUCAAUAACAAUGAUUAUCACAACGAUGAUGAUGAUAAUGCCGACGAAAUUUUGUUGAAAGAAGAACCCAUUGACGACUCAGUAGAUCUGAAUGAGUUGGAAGAGAAAAGAAAUCUGAACAUGUUCAACACUCAUCAGUUUUUAUCAAUUCCCCACAAUACAUUAUCGAACAUAUCUGGUGAACCUAUACUUUACAGAAACUUUGAUUCCAAACUAGUCAUGUCCAGUGUUGCAUUGCCUGGCCACGCAACGCUAUUUAUCCAAAACAAUGCAUCAAAUGUAGGCAUGAUCAGUACACAAGAACCAAGUAUAAACAUGCACGGUACAAUUGGAUCGAAUCUAGUCAUGGACGAUCAAAGUUUAGCGGCUGCUGAGGCACUGACACAAUUAUCAGAAUUACCAAGGUCGACAAAAUGUUUAGAAAAAGAUCUCUUGUUUGCAGCUUCCAGAUUAAGAAAUAACGAAGACGACACGUUUGCAUCUGAUGAUUCUGAAGUCCAAAACAGAGUAGAAAAAUUACCAGACCUGAGAGAAAAACCUCUUCCAUUCCAGGAAAGAAGAAAGUAUCCCUGUAGUGUUUGUGGACGAACUUAUUCAACCAGCAGUAAUCUAGCAAGACACAGGCAAACCCACAGAUCUCUGAACGAUACCAAAGCUAAGAAAUGUUUUCACUGUGGCAAAGUAAGUUUAAUUUUAUUAGAAGUUAAUAAUGUAUAUACUGUCAACAUAUCAUGGGCUAGGCAUAUGUUUUUCUCCUAACAUUUUCUUAUAUUACUAUGGGCAAAAUAUUGUUCUUACAGAACGUAAUGAUACGAUACGUAUAUUCCAUUUGUUGGUGAUAUUUUAGUCUAGACGAGAGCCGAAAUUUUUUAUUGUGUAAUC